AUGGAAGUUGCAGGCUUUGCCAUAGGUGCUGCAUCUGUCGCAUCGAUAUUUCAGACGUGCGUCCACGGUUAUCGAACCCUGGACACAGCUAUGAAAUUGGGGAACACAAUCGUGACUUUGAAUAUACAGUUUCGUAUCGAGGGGAUUCGUUUGUUAAUGUGGGGGAGAUAUUGGGGAUUGGUUGAAGGAAUUGAGACUAUCCCAAUUGAUAGUAGGAAAGUUAAUGACAUCACAUUACUGGAUACUGUAGAUGAGGAUCACGAGAUCCCAGGCCUAAAAUCUUUGACUUUUGAAAUAUUGGGAAGGAUUAAUGAGGCUCUUGAUGAAUGGAAAAGAAUCGGGCAGAAAUGCGAGAAACUGAAGGAGAAUCAAGGUACUGCAAGUGCUACUGAAUUUAUGGCCCCAAAACCUCGAAUCUCAGCUCACCGGCUACUAGCGAAGAUAAGUGCAAAGUAUUCUGCCAAAGAGAAAGAGUGUCUACUCAAAGACAAGACUGGCUUGGAGGAAUUACUAUCUAGGCUUACCAAUCUCAAUGAUAGUCUCCAGAAACUGUUUCCUAGGCGAGAGAAACAUAGUCUAAUGAGAGGGUUAACUGGUGAGAUAGUCGGCGCUAUUGAGGAGAGUAAGUUGAAGUACGGUUCUGACUCCAAUUUCAUGGAGGUUGAAUUAGAGCAUCUCAUAGACCACAACGAUACAAAAGCUGCGGAGAUCAUUCUACUUCGACAUGAGAACAAGAGUCAGAUACCUGAGUUACUUGGAAAUGAUGAAAAAAACGAGGUUCGAGAAUCUGAAGGCCACACAUCUCCAUCGCCAUUCACCAAGUCAUCCACUUGGGCCAAAAAUGGACAAAAAAGCAUGCAAAUCCCAACAAGUGAUUUUGCAAGUUUUUCGGAGCCAAAACUACAAUAUUAUCAUGCAAACAAAAGUUUAUACGUCCCUCUGCCUCGAACGAUGGCCGUAUACGCUCCACUAUCAAAGGACGACUCGGAUAUUUUCGCACAACACUUUGUGGGGAACUCGACCAACGAGCAGUUCAAACAAGUAUCGACUAUCUCACUGAAAGCAGAUUCUGCUCAAAGUGUUCUCAUAGAAUGGCGUCUCGCCGCAGCAGAAACGCAUUAUUAUGAAUUGAGCCUAGAUGAUUUACUUCUUCGUCGUUAUCAUAUUGCGCAUCUGCUUCAUCGAACGUUUGACACAGAUGCCGACUUUCGCAUGCUAGAUUGUAUAGGGUAUACUACGACAACUGGCCAUACUCCAGAAGGAGGGUCCCAUGAGCUCGUGGGUUUUGUGUAUCGUAUACCACCAUUCGCCUCGACCGUAUCGCUUCCGGUUACGCUUAAAGACCUACUGAGUGAAGCCUACGCAUCCGAGAGCCCAAAGGUUCCAUCCCUUAAUCAACGGUUUAGAUUAUCGCACAGCUUAGCAGCCGCACUGUAUCAACUCCAAUGUGCUGGUUGGGUCCAUAGAAAGAUAUCUAGCUACAAUAUAAUCUUCUUUCGCGAUCAGGGAACCGGCGAAGUUGACCUUUCUCACCCGUUUCUCGUAGGUUGGCAGUACUCACGUCCAGAUGACGAAAGAUAUAGUUCUCCAUCCGAAGGUAGUCAAAUAGGUAUUGCAGAUUUGGAUAUGUAUGUUCACAUAGCUCGCAUAAUCCACAAGCGCUCUGAAUUGCACUUCCCCCGCUUCCGUCCUAGUUUCGACAUCUACAGUUUGGGUAUUGUUCUCCUCGAACUCGGUUUCUGGGAACCGAUCAUGACCCUUGCUACCCCCUCUGAACGUGUUGCCAUGACUCGUUGGGAAGUCUUCGCCCAUAAACCUCGUGGCAAUACAAUUGGCCCAGCAUGCUCAUGGUGGAAAACAAUAUGGGAAGUUGCCAAGAAAGAAUUAGCCCCAGAAAUGGGUGAUGCAUAUAGAGAUGCGGUGUUGUUUUGCUUGCGGGGGAAUGAUCAUGAGAGAGAUAUCUGGACAGGUGCGGAAGCAAAUGGGAGUAACUUCCGUGAGAUGGUAGAGAAGAGGUAUCCUAAUCGAGAAUUUAGCGAAGUGGGCAUCGAAAAAGAAUUCUAUUGGAAGGUUGUGAAGACUCUAGAGGCUGUCAGGAUAUAG